AUGGUACGAGAAACAAAACAAUUCAAGGCUAAAGUCUUCAGACCACCAGCUGUGAUUAUUGACAAUGGAUCAGGGCUCUGCAAAGCUGGGAUGUCAGGAGAAGUUGGCCCGAGGCAAAUCAUUGCUUCCGUUCUCGGUUGCCCAAAGACCAAAGUUAAACUAUCCAAACAGAGGGAAUGUUACGUAGGAAGAGAGGCCCAGGACAGGCGAGAGGCAUUGUCACUGAGACACCCGAUAGAGCGUGGCAUUAUUACUUCAUGGGAUGAUAUGGAGAAGAUCUGGAAGCACAUCUACGACAAAGCGUUGGGAGUGAGAUCCUUUGAGAGGCCCCUGCUCAUGACUGAACCCCCUCUGAAUCCCCAAGAGCAGCGUGUCAAGCUCACUCAGCUGAUGUUUGAACGCUUUAAGGUGCCAGCCUUUUAUCUUUCUAUCCAGGCCAUACUAUCUCUGUAUGCCUCAGCACGGUUUACUGGACUUGUCAUGGACAGUGGCUUUGGAGUGAGUCACGCCGUGCCCAUCUAUGAGGGAUACUGUCUGCCCCAUGCGGUCUCCACCCUGAACAUUGGUGGCAAAGAUAUCACCGAGUACCUACGGAAAUUGCUUCAAGAAAGCAGGCAGUACUACAGGAACUUUCCGGAAGCAAACAACGUUGUGGAAGACAUCAAAGUGAAGUUGUGCUUUGUGUCCCUGGAUUCCUACCCUGAACAUAAUAAAACGCCAGUGGACCUCCCAAAGGAGUAUCAACUACCUGAUGGUCACAAAAUCAGCAUUGGCGAUGCUCUAUUUCUAGCACCAGAGAUCCUUUUCACACCAAGCAAUGUUGGCAAAAAUGGGCAAGGCCUUGACAAGAUGAUUGCCAGGAGCAUCAAAAAAUGUGACCCCAGCAUCCGCCAGAUGCUCUACAGUAACGUGCUCCUUUCUGGUGGUUCCUCUCUCUUUCCAGGGUUAGAUGACAGGAUCUUCAAGGGGCUAGAGCAUAAAGUCCCCCAAGGGGUUCCCAUAAAGAUCAUAUCACCUCCAGAUCGAUGGUAUUCAACUUGGAUCGGGGCUUCCAUUAUUACUUCUCUGAGCACCUUCAAGCAAAUGUGGGUGACUGCUGCUGAUUACAGAGAGUUUGGACCAAACAUUGUGCAGAGGCGCUGCUUUUAA